CCAGCCGACUUCACUGACUACUGCUUCAUCAUCACAACUUGUUUAUGUCCGUUCCAUGGCAGCAGAGUGAUGACUACUCGUCCGUUAGUUCCAACAAGGAAUGAACUAGGAUGAAAGUUGGCUUCGUAAAUCAACGAUCAUUAAUUGACUGACGUCAACAUGUAGAAGGAGGACGUGAGGGGACGCAAACUUCCAGUUUGUCGGUCGAGUUUCGAAAUAAAGCCAAAAGAACUCCAACAGUGAGGAUGAAUGUUGUCUGGAUACUUCUCCUUUUCAUUGAGGAGGGAUUUGCUCGGGCUCAAAAGACUGCAGAGCAAGGUGCGGUGUCCAAAGUGGUGAAACCGUCACCUUCACAGAGGCCGGCAUAUUCUCGUCACUGUGGGAACUGGAUAAGACAUGCAGACGGCGGCACCUUCAGCUCUCCCAACUACCCCAACACAUACCCUCCUAACAAGGAAUGUUUGUACGUGCUGGAAGCGCUGCCCCGGCAGAGGGUCGAGCUGCUGUUCGACAAGGCCUUCUACAUUGAGUCAUCCUUCGAGUGUCGUUUUGACCACAUCGAGGUACGUGACGGCCCCUUCAGCUUCUCACCGCUUAUUAAUCGCUUCUGCGGCGCCACCUGUCCGGGACUGGUCCUCUCCAGCGGCCGCUUCAUGUGGAUCCGCUUCUUCAGCGACGAGGAGCUGGAAGGCAUCGGCUUCCAGGUCCGCUACAGUUACACGUCAGACCCAGAGUUCCAUCUGCAUGUGGGAGGACUCUUAAAUCCCAUCCCAGAUUGUCAGUUUGAGCUGACAGGGGCUGACGGCCUGAUCCGGUCUAGUCAGGUUGAGGAGGAGUACAAGGUGAAGCCAGACCAAGCCGUGGACUGCAUCUGGACCAUACGUGCCCCAUCCAAAAACAAGAUUUACCUGCGAUUCUUGGAAUAUCAGCUGGAGAACUCCAAUGAAUGUAAGAAGAACUUUGUGGCUGUUUAUGACGGCAGUAAUGCCAUUGAGGACCUUAAGGCAAAGUUUUGUAGCACAGUGGCCAACGACAUCAUGCUGGACACAGGCGUGGGUGUGGUGAGGAUGUGGGCGGACGAGACGAGCCGCCUCAGCCGCUUUCGGAUGCUCUUCACCUCUUUCGCAGAUCCCCCCUGUAUAGGCAGUGCUUUCUUCUGCCACAGCAACAUGUGCAUCAACAACUCCCUGGUGUGCAAUGGUGUACAAAACUGUGUCUUUCCCUGGGAUGAAAGCAACUGCAAAGAGAAGAAGCAAAAGGGUAUUUUCCAUCACAUCACAAAGACUCACGGCACAGUCAUCUGCGUGUCUACCGGAGUGGUGCUGCUGCUGCUGAUCAUCUCCAUCCUGGUGCAAAUCAAGCAGCCACGUAAAAAGGUGUUGGUACGUAAGAAUAACUUGUUCCAACGUGGAGACUUCCAGGAGACGUUUGAGCCUCCACAUUAUGAACUUCUCACGCUCAGAGAAAAGAAGAUGUCUGGGGACCUUGGGGAGCUCUCAGAGGAGCUCCAGUCCUUGCAGGCCCUCAGGAGGUCCUCGUCGGGCUCGCGCUGCGUCCACGAGCACCACUGCGGCUCUCAGGCCUCGCUCAACUCCAUCAAAGCCGGUCAGGGCACUCAUGGGGUGGGGCGUGGAUCCCUGGACCUUCCCCCAUUUAGAGGCGAGCUCCAGAGAUCCUUGCCUCCUCUGCGGGACUCCAACAGCAGUCUGCGGAAGACGAGCUGGCCCAGCGUAAAGGCGGUCACUGCCAUGCAGGGCCAAUACAGCCUGGCAGAGCGAGCAGUGAGGCGGCAGGAUAGAGUGAUGGAGGAGGAGGAAGACGAGGAGGAUGGGAGCUACGAUGUCUAUGUGCGCAGGGCUGGGAACAGAAGAGGGAAGUACGAGAUGGCCCAGCAAAGAUCUUUAUCCAUGGAUUUUUAAAAAACGACAAUGCAGCAUUUGUGCUGCAACUGGAACAAAGUGACAAAGUAAGUGUUGACUUUUUAUAUACAGGAUUAAUCAAAUGUGUUCUUAUUGUAAGUGUGACUAUUGUGCUUCAUUGUUAAUUGUAAAGCCAGGAAAAAGGUUGUAAAAAAUGUUUUGGACACAACAUGCAAUGGAAAAUACUUUAGUUUUUGAUUUGUCUGUUUAUCCUAGAAUAAACAUAAACAAAUUUUAUUUUUGGCUGACUUGAUAGUCCCUGGGAAGUGAAAGGGAAAGGGGUAUUGACCUAAGCUAGACCAUUCUAACUAUUGGGUUAUAUUAUUAUUUUUAUGACAACACCCCAAAUGUUUACAUGAAGGAGGUUUAUGUAGGACUUCAUAAUGUACAACACUGAGUGUGCUGUCAUUUCAUACAGGGUCCAAUAUCUGUCUGCUGACUUUAUUGGAUAUGACUCAUCGAGCAGCCUCAGUUACACACCUGCACACUUUAUGACACAACAGUAGCAGGUUCAAGACAUGACGCAGCAAACGUGUUCCCUAUAAAAUGUGCAAUAUACUGUACGUGUGUGCACAUUCCACACACACACACACGAGUGAACACUGUUAUCAUGGAGUGACCGCAGUGUACAUCAUGGGGCGCCGGGCCUUUCAGAGUACUGUUGAUAAGACGUCAACAUUACUGGAAAAAUAUGAAGGAGUCUUAGGGCCACAAUGAAAAGAACAAAAUGCUACAAGAAUAAAUCAUGAACAGAUAAGAAUAAAACCCUCAAUGUAGGAUUUUUUUUAAAGGAAAAGUCAUUUUAUUGAGACUAGAGGGCCUUAUAAAAUCUGUUUUAUUUUUUCCCAAAUUCCGUUCUUUCUGUUUAAAUUUUUUAGAAUUCCGUUUUUUACCUUGUACAUUUAUUGUACCAGCAUAGAGUGUGUGCUUUUUGAGUUAGUGAAUAACAUGUCCAUGAAUUAAAUGCAAAAAUCCUUACAUUUAUUGAUGCAAUACAUUAUUGGCCAAUUUUGCAAAUUGAUGUAGCUUGGCUAACUUUUCUAAUGGGACGUCAACCUCUGCACACAUUGCUACAAAUCCUCAACAAACUGUAAUGCCCAUACUUGUGAUUAAGGAAGAUGUUUUCACCGAUGUAAUUCCAAUCACGUUAUUAAUGCAAGAUAUUUUUAUGACGCUCUUAUCUUCUUUACACAAUUAGCCAAGAUGUGGCAAACAGUGCUCUUAUUUUGGAACCUGGAAGUGUGUUGUGUCUGUUGCGAAUGUGUCGUGACGGACGAGCUGCGUGUAGGAAUAAACGUGCCUCUAGUCUUUUUAACUCAGAACCAGCACAUCGUUAGCAGGCAUUGUAAAACGCUCCUUACAUUAAAGCAGUAAAACCCUACACGAUGUAAACACUUACCCAGCCUGAGUCGCACACACACAGCCACACUACUGUGCUGUGCUAAUCUAAAGUAAUGCCGCUACCUUACAUUCACGGUCUGUAAGAGUGAACAUUCCAAGUUUUUCCGCCGCCAUUUUAACAUGUUUAGUUCAGGAGAGGGCGUGUUAGUGUUUGUGUUGAGAUCUUGCCACAAUUGAGGGGCCCGCCGAGGAAAUACUUUCCCACACGAACGUUCCUUCGCGUCACGCUGACAUCAUUUCAGAAAAUUCAGCUUUUAUUGGCUAAUUCCAUGAUUCCAUCCGUGAUUCUGUUAACGUGGAAAUCAUAGGGCCCUAAGACUAUUUCUGUAUUACUAAAGACUAUUUUCAAUAUACUAUAUUAUUUUUUCAUGAAAAAAGUCUGAAUUUAUUCUUGUAACUGCGGCUGUUUUUUUCCUGGAAAUAUACAACUUUUUUCUAAAAAAAAAUAUACAAUUACAGACUUUUUUUUUUAAAAACAAAAAAAUCUAACAAAUAUUUUUUUUCUCAAA